UUUUUACGCUCAAUGGAAGAUUAAACGCUUUUUGUCAUUAAAAUAUUUAAUUCGGCCCGUUGGGCGUCUGCGCGUUUCGGGUCCGCGGCGGGCGGAGUGGGGGCGUUCCCACUGACUCCCACCUCCAGGCGGCGCGCGCGGUCCGGGCAUCAGUCGAUCGCCGACCACGCGCGACGCGGAAGCUCGAGAUCGUCGCUCCGCGAAAUUCCGGCACGGUCUCUUCCGAGGUCCCCGCUGCGCCCAGUGACCCCGACACCUCGGGUCCGCGAGUUUUAGUGCACCCAAUACAGCUAGGCACCGGUCUUCCGAGAUGAGCACCCCGGUGAAGAAGGUCCCCAUCCACCUGCAGAGCGCGCAAAAUCGACUGCUCAUAAAGAACGGCAAGGUGGUCAACGAGGACGGAAUCAUCGACAGCGACGUGUACAUCGAGGAUGGAAUCAUCAAACAGCUCGGCAGGAACCUCAUUAUACCCGGAGGGACCAGGACGAUCGACGCUCGAGGGAAGUACGUCAUGCCCGGUGGGAUCGAUCCCCAUACGCACUUCGAGCUGGAGCUGAUGGGCGCCACCACGGUGGACGAUUUCUACCAAGGUACCAAGGCCGCGGUCGCGGGAGGAACCACCAUGGUCAUCGACUUCGUCAUCCCCAAAAAGGACGAGAAUCUCCUCGAGGCCUACGAGAGGUACAGGGCGACCGCUGACGAGAAGGUCUGCUGCGAUUACGCCCUCCACGUCGCCGUCACCUCGUGGGGCCCCAAGAUAAAGCAAGAAAUGGAGACCCUGGUUAGGGACUACGGGAUCAACAGUUUCAAGGUCUUCAUGGCUUAUCGCGAUCUCUAUAUGCUGAGGGAUCCGGAGCUGAUCGAGGUCUUCAGCGCCUGCAAGAGUAUCGGAGCCAUUGCCCAAGUCCACGCCGAGAACGGCGACUUGAUCGACGCGAACGUGAAGAGGUUACUCGCCUCGGGAGUGACCGGCCCGGAAGGACACGAGAUGUCUCGCCCCGAGGAAGUCGAGGCCGAGGCUGUCAACAGAGCCUGCGUUAUCGCUAACCAGGUGAAUUGUCCGCUGUACGUCUCGGCGGUAACGAGCGGGUCCGCCGCCGACGUCGUUUCCGCAAAGCGGUCCGAUGGAGCCGUCGUUUUCGGCGAAGCUCUGGCGGGUAGCGUCGGGGUCGACGGGAGCGAGCAGUACGGCAAGAAUCUCGAAAAAGCCAUUCGGUUCGUUACGAGCCCGCCUCUGAGACCGGACCCUACGACGCCCACUUACUUGAUGGAGCAACUGGCCCAAGACGGCCUGCAAGUCACGGCCAGCGAUAACUGUACGUUCAGCUCCGAGCAGAAGGCGCUGGGCAAGGACGACUUCUCCAAGAUCCCCACCGGGAUCAACGGGGUCGAGGACCGGAUGUCCGUGGUCUGGGAAAAGGGAGUCCACGCGGGAAUCAUGGACCCGACGAGGUUCGUGGCCGUGACGAGCACGAACGCUGCCAGGAUCUUCAACUUGUACCCGAGAAAGGGCGUCAUAGCCCUCGGAUCGGACGCCGACAUCGUCGUCUGGGACCCCAACCGGAAACGAACCAUUUCCGCCGAGACUCACGUCCAGGCGGUGGACUUUAACAUUUUCGAGGGAAUGGAGGUUCACGGAGUGCCCGAAUACGUGAUCGUCAGUGGACGCGUCUGCGUGGACGAGGGCGACGUCAAGGCGGUCCACGGGUUCGGGAAGUUCAUCGAGACCCCCGCCUAUUCGCCCUACGUAUACGACUUGGUCAGCGAAAGGGAGAAGCGACCGCGCGGAAUCGCGAGGUCGGAUGCCGAGGCGAAGAGGUUCGCCGAGGAGGACGCCGUGCUCGCGAAGGCGAAGGAAGCGGCCAGAGCAGCGGCCGCGGCCGCCGCCGCGAGGGCCAAUCAGCAAAACGGAACCCACGAGGUGCACAAACCGAAGCUGACGGCCAUCAUCUGCGCGCCGACAUUGCCGGACUCCGCGGUGGUGACGCCGUCCUCCAAGGGACCGCGUCUCGAGGGCCAGAGGAACCUCCAGGAUUCGACCUUCUCUAUCAGCGAGGACGUCGACGAGGCGCAUCGUGCAUGCAUCCGCGUCAACAAUCCGCCAGGUGGUCGCAGUGCGGGAGGUUUUUGGUAAUUUGUCCCUGUCACCAGUUUGCUUUUUUGCGCAAAGAACAGAAACGAAGAAUUCUUGAGAGUUCCCUCGCCUCGGUACAUCCCUGAUCCCCGGCGUGCUCGUUCAUCGUUCUCAUUCAUCCUCGACGCUCAUCCCCCACAUUCCGAUCGACCGUACCAGCUUUCGUAGCUUCGCUAAUCACCAAAUAUUAAACGUUAAGUUUUCACUGUUGUUCCAAUCGAUCAAGGUCUGUCCCUUGCAAGGAGGAUUCGGAGGCUACGAUCCGUUAGGUCGGGCACCAACAUCCGUCUACGUCAUUUCUCGGAAAAAUACCUCUUUUCAUGUUCACUCGUUUACGGUUUCGUCAUCGCGCUUGCCGAAUUCGCCUUCGUCUCUAGCAUCCAAACGUUGCCUAAUUAUUUUGUUCAGUUGUCACGGUUUUGUUGGGCAUCGGACAUCUUUGGUCCGUGUAACGCAAUGGCGAAUUUUCGGCACGUUACGUUACGCUAGCUUUACGUUUUUUUACUCCGACUUUGGAUCUUUCCGAGGGAAGGCACUUUCGUCGACAAGGGCUUGGAUUUCUCUUUAGCGUGUUUUGUCGUUUUACGGUCCGACUUGACGAGCCCGUUGGUGGAAAUAUAUUUAUCGGAAGCCGUAGAGCCCGUGGAACGGAUCGCUCCAAAGUUUCGAGUGUUAAUUAUUUAUUGUGUAUAGAUAUAUUGCCAGAUGUAUUCGGAAUAGCGACCUGACUUAUUACCCCGGUGAAAGUAAACGAUUCCGCAGCGGUGCUUGGGAACAAAGGAAACUGACAAGAAAGGGGGAAACGUUAAGUUUUUUUUUUCUUUCGUUUAUAGUUGCGUACCGUAUAGGCUUAGUUGUACGAUAAUGAAUAAGUUAACGUUUGUAAGCAGUUCGUUGUCACGCAGUAUGUUAUUCGCAUAGCACCCACAUUAAUUCGUACAUAUGCAUAUUAAUUCGUACGUAUGCGAAAGAACAAGGGGGUGAAUAAAAAGUGUACGUUUACGCGUUGAAAAGAAAAAAAAAAUGUCACGAGAAUGUAUCUCGAGGAUGCAGCGGAUAUCGUGGAUAAACGUAGCGAUUCUUAUUCGGACAUGCGUCGCAACGUUUACAAAGGCUAUUCAAAAAGCAUUUCGCGGUUUUGGGGGAUUUCAAGAUUUUUUUAACCGAUGAAAGACGUAAAAAAAAAAAUUGACAACCUUCCCGGAAGGACUUUACCUUAUCAAUUUUAUACUGUAAGCUUCUCGCUUGCGACUAGUGAAGGGAAACACGUUAAACUAGACUCGGUGACUCCCUGACACUUAAAUUAUCCAUGCCUUUGACAUUCGCUGAUAACUUUCAUGAUGGACUAUUCAUUUUCAUAGUCGUAUUCAAAGGUACAGGCGCAACAACUAGAGAUAGAAUAUUAUCUUGGUAUUAUCGCCGAUAACGGCGAUAACGAGGUAUUAUUAUAGUGAUACUACUUAUUCGCACAUCUUGGACAAACGUGUGAGAUCUACGAUCGGAAUAAAUCGAGGAAGAACGAACUUGUCCAGGUUUUGGCUAUGACAACGUAUCGAAGUCAAUGUUCUCGAAGUGGAGAAUUUUUUAACUAAUAGCCAAGAAUGUUUAAGAUCGACAUAUCGAAUUUGAAGGGGCAAAGAGGGCGACCAUCUUAAAGACGUGAAUGCAAGUUCUCUAAAUUCGAUCGCAGACUUUUCACGCUUGUUCCACCGAAGUCGACUACCAUUUCACUUGCAUUGUUUCGAUAAAAUGACCUCACUGCAUUUUCGACAUAGCAUUUUCACAUCACGGGCGGACACGAGUAAACAUGGUCUACGUAACAUUUUCUACUAGAUUUUAUAUCGCGGUCGUAUAUUUCAAAUUUUUCGACGAAAUUUUCUAUAGGAUCAAAAGAUUGUAGGUCGAGAUAACGUGCCGGAUAAAGUAGAAGAAAUUGAGAUCUGCACGAGGGUCGAAAGUUCGGGAUUUAAAGUAACGAGCUAAAUUGUCGGAAGGUCUUCCGAACAAUGUCGAGACGACAUGUCUGUCACACGGGUUCCAGUAUUCUAAUAUCGCGCGCUCAAGAAAUGAUAAGAAAAAAAAAGCUUUUUGAUCAGCGUUAACAGCAUAAGCAUUAAACUGUGUUCACGUUCAGUGACCUUGGGUAUUCAGAAAAAUGAUACAUAUUCUAAUCGGUAUAUAGGAUACAGGUAAAGUAUCCGUGUCUGUUAUUUAAUGUAUGUGGUUGCUUUAAAUAAAUAUAACGAUAUGAAUAAUAAUACUGAAUAA